AUGCAACGUAUCCGGAACCGUCAUUCCAUGUUGAGACACCAUCGGGCACGCUCAUUUUUCAGUUUUCGAGCUCAAAUCAUGUCGGUCGUUGUGACUUGCGGUCAUCCGUCUGCCCCUGAGGCGACGAAGGGCCUUGCAUUGCUUCGUGAUCUGCAGAAGCAAGGCUUUCGUGUGGCUGUCCUGGGCUCUCUUGCUUGGCGCGACCAAAUCGUGGAAGCCAAGAUCCCGCACAUCCACUUGACCGCGCCAAGUGAAGUGGAGGAGUUGCUCCAGUCGCCAAUCCGCCUCGUGGUGGCGUUCCUUCCCGACUCGACUGUCACAUCCGAAGACGCGUUGAAGUCGUGGGGUGUUGGAAGCCACGGAUUCGUCCGGUCGGCGGCCUGGGCUUUUGACAAGAUCGCCGUCGUCGUGCAAUCGGACGAUUUUGCUCGCAUCCGCGACGCGGUGUCACAGAACGGCGAGCUCGCUCUGUCCCUCAACGACCGCAAAUCAUUGGCGCAAAAGGCUUUCCGCGCGUUUGCCUCUCUGGACAACCGUGCUGCGUCCUCGCUUCAAGUAGACAUUCCCCAGCGCAACAUCCUCCUGGUCGGCAACGGCGGGCGCGAGCAUGCCUUGGCGUGGAAACUCGCGCAAUCUCCGCAGGCGGCGCACAUAUUCGUCGCUCCUGGGAACGGCGGCACUGCCGCAGGGGCCAACCCAAAGAUCUCCAACGUAGCGUUGUCCCCGGACCGCCCCGACUUGUUGAUUGCCUUUUGCAAGGAAAACAAUGUGUCUUUGUGUGUGGUCGGGCCCGAAGCGCCGCUGGUGGCCGGUCUCGCCGACCACUUGAACGGCGCCGGCAUCCCGACCUUUGGCCCGAGCGCGCGGGCGGCACAGUUGGAAGGGUCGAAGGCGUUUUCCAAGGACUUUAUGGCUCGCCACGACAUCCCCACCGCCGCGUACAAGAACUUUACGCGGUACGAAGACGCCAAGGCGUUCGUCGACUCGAUCGAGUACAACGUCGUGAUCAAGGCGUCGGGCAUCGCCGCCGGGAAGGGCGUGCUCAUUCCCACGACCAAGGAAGAAACGGUCGCCGCGCUCAAGGAGGUGAUGGUGACCAAGGCGUUUGGCAGCGCUGGCGACGAGGUCGUGAUCGAGGAGUUCAUGACGGGCGAGGAAGUGUCGCUGCUGGCGUUCUGCGACGGCCAGCGCGUGGUGGCGAUGCCGGGGGCGCAGGACCACAAGCGCAUCUUGGACAACGACCAAGGGCCCAACACGGGGGGUAUGGGUGUGUACGCACCGGCGCCGUGUCUUUUCGGGGCUGUGGAGCAGCAGUGUGUGGAGAUUGUCCAGAAGUCGGUGACGGCGCUGGCCAAGGAAGGGAUGCCGUUCGUAGGCGUCUUGUUUGCCGGGUUUAUGCUCACCCCCACUGGCCCUAAGAUCGUCGAGUACAACGUCCGGUUUGGCGACCCAGAAACUGAGGUGCUGUUGCCACUGCUCAACAGCGACUUGGUCGAAAUCUUCCUCGCCUGUGUCGAACAUCGCUUGGACGCGUCGUUGGUGCGCUGGAAGGAUGGCGCCGCUGCCACGGUCGUCCUCGCCUCGGAAGGGUACCCAGAGAGCUACCCCAAGGGUCGCGUGAUCACCGGCACGGACGCCGCCAACGCCCUCCCGAACGUGACAGUGUUCCAUGCGGGCACGACGCUCAAUGGAGGCGACGAAUUGGUCACGUCCGGGGGCCGCGUGCUUACCGUGACCGCCACGGCGCCGUCCAUGAAGGACGCCAUCCAAGCCGCGUACAAGGGCGUGUCCAAGGUCCACUUCGCCGGCGCGCAGCACCGCAGCGAUAUUGGCCACCGCGGCCUGCUCCGGUCGUGCCCGACCAUCAAGCUCGGCGUGCUCGGGUCGACCCGCGGCAGCAGUUUGCAGCCAAUCUUGGACGCGAUUGCCGCCGGCGAACUGAACGCGACCGUGGAGAUCGUCGUGAGUGACCGCAAGGCGUCGGGCAUUCUCGAACGAGCGCGGAUCCACCACAUCGACGCGCACGCCGUAUCUGGGAAAAACAAGACUCGCGAUGCCGUGGACGCCGAAGUGACGGCGCUGCUGCAGUCCAAGCAAGUGGAUUUGGUGCUCUGCAUCGGGUACAUGCGCAUCUUCUCGGGCUCGUUCUGCCAAGCGUGGGCUGGCCGUGUCUUGAACGUCCAUCCGUCGUUGCUGCCGGAAUUCGCCGGCGGCAUGGACCUGGCAGUCCACCAAGCGGUGGUCGACGCCAAAAAGACCGAGACGGGGUGCACAGUGCACUACAUUACGGAGGAGGUGGACGCCGGCCCCAUCGCCGUCCAGUUGAAGUGCCCAGUGUACCCGACGGACGUGGCGGAGAGUGUCAAGGCGCGCGUGCAGCCGCUGGAAGGCGCGGCGUUCUUGUACGCGAUCAAGCGCCAUCAGGUGCAUGCGUACCUUGGCAAGACCGUCGUCUCGUACGCUGACGCCGGCGUAAACAUUGACGCCGGCAACGCGCUCGUGCAAAAGAUCAAGCCGGCGUGCAAAUCUACGGUGCGCCCCGGAUGCGACGCGGACCUCGGCGGGUUUGGCGGGCUCUUUGACCUCCAGGCCGCCGGCUACGACAAGGACACGGUGCUGGUCGCGUGCACGGACGGCGUCGGCACCAAGCUCAAGAUCGCGCAGCUGACCGGCCAGCACCACACGGUGGGAAUCGAUCUCGUCGCGAUGAGCGUCAACGACCUGCUGGUCCAAGGCGCGGAGCCGCUGUUCUUCCUCGACUACUACGCUUGCGGCGCGCUUGACGUGACCGCGGCUGCGCAGGUCGUGGAAGGCAUCGCGGAAGGAUGCCGCCAGAGCGCGUGCGGUCUCAUCGGUGGCGAAACCGCCGAAAUGCCAUCCAUGUAUCACGGCGGCGACUACGACCUCGCCGGGUUUUGUGUCGGUGCCGUGCACAAGGCCAAGCUUCUGCCGCUUCCCGUGCACCAUGGCGACGUCGUCCUGGGGCUGCCCAGCGCCGGACUGCACUCGAACGGGUACUCUUUGGUGCGCAAGCUGGUGGAUGUGGCCAACCUCACGUACGAAGCGCCAUGUCCGUGGGAACCGACGACGACGUUGGGCGAAAACCUCCUCACCCCUACUCGCAUCUACGUGAAGGCCUUGCUUCCAUUGUUGAAACAAGGACUGGUUCGUGCGAUGGCGCACAUCACGGGUGGAGGACUUUUGGAGAACAUUCCGCGUGUGCUCGCCGACACUGAUGCCGUCGAGAUUGACUCGGCGGCGUGGCGCCUCCCGCCUGUGUUUGGCUGGUUGCGCUCUGUGGGCAACCUCCCCGACGAAGAAGUGAGUCGGACGUUCAACUGCGGCAUCGGCAUGGUGGUCAUCGUUGCCCCGGAACACGCGGCGCAGGUGGUGGAACUCCUCAAGUCCGAACAAGUCGUUCGAUUGGGCUUGGUCGUGCCGCGCGCGAACGAUGGCGCCCAGGUGCUCUUCAAAGGCCCUCUGCAGUUCUAA